AUGCUCAUUCCACCUUAUCAGAAAUUUCUGAAGGAUGCUGUUCAGCAAAGAACCAGGGAAGCACAAGGGAUGGUAGUGUUGACUCGCGAGUGCAGUGCAAUCAUUCAGCGGAAGGUCAUCUCCGACAAAAAGGAAGAUCCGGGGAGUUUCACUUUGCCCUGCAUGUUGGGACCCCUAUCUUUCAAAAACAGUCUCUGCGAUCUAGGAUCAUCUGUCAGCCUCAUGCCUUUGUCUGUAGCAAAGAGACUGGGAUAUCACAAGUACCAAGCCUGCGGAAUCUCACUAGUCUUGGCAGAUAGAUCGAUAAGGUUACCAACUGGGAUGCUUGAAGACCUGCCUUUGAGGAUAGGGAAUGUGGAAAUCCCCACAGACUUCAUUGUGCUUGAGAUGGAUGAGGAACCAACAGAUCCAUUGAUUCUAGGAAGGCCAUUCCUAGCUACAGCAAGAGCAAUGAUAGAUGCCAGUUUGCGAAGUCAUGGCAGUGAGCUCGAUCAAGAACUCGAUCGAGUCGAGUUUCGAACAAACGAACUCGAUCGAGCUGGGACUGAAUGCAAGGAGCAAGCUCAAGGAGAUUGGUCUGAGCUCAAGGCGCCUAAAGUCGACCUCAAACCUUUGCCUGAGGGCCUCAGGUAUGCAUUUCUGGGUGAAAACUCAACUUACCCUGUCAUUGUGAACUCUGAUUUGGAACCUGAACAGUUGAGUGCUUUGCUUGUUGAAUUGAGGAAGUACAGAAAGGCAAUAGGUUACACUCUAGAUGAUAUCAAGGGGAUCUCCCCUGACCUAUGCAUCCAUAGGAUUCAUCUAGAGGAUGAAAGUAAGUCAAGCAUUGAACCUCAGAGAAGAUUGAACCCCAAUCUAAAGGAAGUAGUGAAGAAAGAGAUACUCAAGUUGCUUGAUGCUGGGAUAAUCUAUCCCAUCAGUGAUAGCACUUGGAUAUCUCCAGUUCAUUGCGUCCCAAAGAAAGGGGGGAUCACUGUCAUUAAAAACGACAAAGAGGAGCUGAUUCCCACUAGAACAAUAGUGGGGCAUCGCAUGUGUAUUGACUAUAGGAAGCUAAAUUCAGCAUCUAGAAAGGAUCAUUUCCCUCUCCCUUUCAUUGAUCAGAUGUUAGAAAGAUUGGCAAACCACCCUUUUUAUUGUUUUCUUGAUGGCUACAGUGGUUUCUUCCAAAUCCCGAUCCACCCUAAUGAUCAGGAGAAGACCACUUUCACAUGCCCUUAUGGCACCUUUGCUUAUCGAAGGAUGCCAUUUGGGCUGUGCAAUGCUCCAGCUACUUUCCAGAGGUGCAUGACCUCCAUUUUUUCAGAUCUGAUAGAGGAGAUGGUAGAAGUCUUCAUGGACGAUUUCUCAGUCUAUGGAGCAUCCUUCUCCUCAUGUUUGUCUAACUUGUGCAGGGUGUUGCAGAGGUGUGAGGAGACCAAUCUAGUACUCAACUGGGAGAAGUGCCACUUCAUGGUUCGAGAAGGGAUUGUGCUUGGACACAAGAUUUCCGAGAAAGGGAUCGAGCUCGAUCGAGCUAAGGUGGAUGUCAUGUUGCAGCUCCCUGUUCCCAAGACUGUGAAGGACAUAAGGAGUUUUCUGGGUCAUGCAGGGUUCUACAGAAGAUUCAUCAAGGAUUUCUCAAAGAUAGCAAGACCCUUGACAAGGCUUCUGUGCAAGGAGACAGAUUUUGAGUUUGAUGAAGAAUGCCACAAGUCUUGGACCUUGCUGAAGGAUGCUCUGGUAUCUGCGCCAAUAGUCAAGCUCCAAACUGGGAUCACCCAUUUGAGAUUAUGUGUGAUGCAUCUGACUAUGCAGCUGGAAGAAGUUAAGGCUCUGCGUGAUGAGAAUUUGCCAUGGUAUGCUGAUAUAGUGAACUUCAUGGUGUCCGGAGAAGUCCCUAGUAGCUUUGAUGCUUACAAGAGGAAGAAAUUCUUCAAGGAUGCUAGGCAUUACUAUUGGGAUGAGCCCUACUUGUACAAGAGAGGACCAGACAGCAUUUACAGGAGAUGCAUAGCUGAAGAGGAUGUGCAAGGAGUUCUAGAGCAUUGCCAUGGGUCAGCUUAUGGAGGUCACUUUGCUACAUUCAAAACAGCAACUAAGGUUCUGCAAUCUGGGUUGUGGUGGCCUACCUUGUUUAAAGAUGCAGCAAGCUACAUCGCAAACUUCAUGGGACCUUUCAAGCCUUCCUCAAACGGGCACAACUACAUUCUGAACCAUCAUCUUUCCAAGAUAUGGCAUCCCAAGGGUUGUUAUUUCGGAUGGAGGCUCCCAUUUCAUCAAAAAGUGUUUGAGAAGUUGAUGAAGAGUUAUGGAGUCAAGCACAAGGUCGCUACACCUUACCAUCCUCAAACCAGUGGGCAAGUUGAGGUCUCCAAUAGACAGAUAAAGGCCAUUCUUGAGAAGACAGUGAGCUUACUAGGAAGGAUUGGGCAGCAAGACUUGAUGAAGCUCUUUGGGCCUAUAGAACAGCUUACAAAACCCCCAUUGGAAGGUCCCCUUUCAACUUACUGUAUGGAAAGGAUUGUCACUUACAUCUAA